AUGCUUAGUUUUGUGAGAAUUGUUGUUCUUGUGACUUGUUUUCUUACAGUUGCACAUUCUUUCGACUUCCCUAGAAAUGCCGACCAAACACUGUGGGCUCUGAAUACGUGCAUAAAGGAGUCGAAAGCUUCUUCUAAGACCGCCGAUUUGUGGAAGGAUCUAAACUUUGAAAAAAGUGAGGAAACUUACUGCUUUGUCCAGUGCUUGUGGACUUACUUAGGCGUUUACGAUGAAAAGACAAAGAUAUUCAAUGCUGAUGCCGUCAAAAUUCAGUUCCAAAAGCGUGGCGUUUCGAUUCCGAAGGGUCUGGAUAAGCUAAAGGUCAUAACACGAGGGACUUGCAAAGAUAUUUUUGACCUUACAAAGGACUUUCUCAAGGCCAACAAGAAAGAACUCAAGUUCAUCUUCUACUGGACUCCAGAAACGCAGAAGGAUUGGUUCGAUAAGAACAAGGGAAAAGUGAAGAAUGUGAACCAGAAAGCUUCGGACUUUUGCAAGAACGAAGAGGACUUGUGUCGAUUGAACUGCAGAUUCUACUACUAUCGCCUGGUUGAUGAGGAUCUGCGCGUGGUGUUCUUCACCAAACCCAGGAUCAAUGGUAUUUCCGAUGCACAGAUUAACAAGUGCCGAUUGGAAGCUAAUCAGACGACUGGUUGUGCUGUUGCGAAGGUCCUUAAGCAGUGCCUGGACAAGAUUGACGCUGAGAAGGUGGAAAAGGCGCUGCAAAUGUGGGAUGAAACAUCCAAAACUUAUGCUUAAACCUUCCUUGAACACAAUGUAUGGAUGAAAUGACUAUUAAAUCGCACACAAA